AUGCUUCGAGCGUUGGCGCUGGUCGCGGGCGUCGUCGCCGGCCAGAGCUGCAGCCCGACGUCCGUCUUCUCGUGCUACGACCCAGCAACGACCUGCGGUAGCUGCUCGCUGGCGGUGGCCACGCCACUGCCCACCUACGCCUCCUACCGCACCGCCUUUGCGCCGUGGAACGGCAGCUGUGAACCUGCAGUGGCCUCGUCGCUCUGCCCGCCUGGCGGUCCAUGCUGCGUCGCCGUCGGUGGCACGCUCGCGCCGACGUCGCCGUUCCGAGCGCUCUGCGGCCGCAGCACGCCUCCGAUCGCGCGCCUGCCCAUGGUGGUCACCUCGAGCGGGACUGUUGUGACGCUGCCGGCAUCGCUCACCGAUGGCAGCAACGUGACACUCAUCACCGACAGACCCGAUGCGCCGCUCGAGUUGGCGCUCGCCAGCGGGUCGCUCAGCGUGCGCCCGGCGGACCAGCUGCUCACGUGGCGCAGUUCCGGCGGCGUCACUGUCACGGUCAACAUCCCGUCACGGCUGCUCUGGAAUGCAACUACUGACACCACAUGGACCUUCUCCAACACGUUCAAUGGCGUCUCGCUGCGCAUCAACGGCUUUUCGGUGGCCGUGCUACCGACGACGCUUGCAGGUACAGUGACGCUACUGCCGUCAGCAAGCGGCGGCCCGUGGUGCUUGCACGACGCCUACGCGAGCCCGACCGGACGUCGGUCGUUGCCGCAAGUCUACUCGGCGCAUGGGUGUGCCUGUCUGCCAACGUUUAGUAGCUCCAUCGUUGCGUACAAGUACUGCAACCAAACAACGCUGUCGUGCGUGGUCGAAGACGCGUCGGCGUGUGCGUUGCCAGCCGCCAACGACGGCGUCGACACGUGCAACGUCGUGCGGGUCACGCUGUGGUGGCUUCCAGCGGGCCUCUACGGCAGCGUCCUCAAUCUCACCGUGUACGACGAGAACGGUGUGUAUAUGGGCGCGCUGGCGUCGCCACCGAUCGCCUCGAUGCUGCAGUCGUGGACCCAACUCGACGUCGUCGUACCGUCGCUCGCGGCGACGUCGGUCGUCGGCCGCAUCGACAUUGACGUUGGCGGAGUCCGUGUCUGGAACUUUGUCCAAGCCGAUGUCGCACUCAACGACGGCCCCAUGCGCCGCUUUGCCGCGCCGCCUGUCGCGACCGCCGGAGGCUUUGUCGGCUCCGUGUCCAUGCAUCCGAUUCCCACGCGAGAUCUACGGGCGGUCGGCUGCAACCUGGCGUCGCCCGGCGCCUGUGGCUUGUACAACGCGAACCGCACUAGCUCGGCGCGCUGGUAUGCGUCGAUCGACGCGUCGUCCAAGACGCCGAUGCUCUCGGUCGUUCCGUCGUCGUAUGGGACGUCAAGCCCCCGCAACUUGCGCAAUGCAGUGCCAAACGUCCAAGUGCCGUUGUCGGUGGUCGUCGCCAACGGGUUCCUUGACGGCAACGACCGCGUGCAAGUCGCUGUCGCCUUUGGCGCAGGUCGCAUCGGGUGGAUGGCCUCGACGUGUCAAAUCGUUGUUGCAACCGCAACGUCGGUCGUCGACGUCGUUGCGUCCGAGAACGGGACCCAGUGGCUCGACUUGCCGCCGGGCAAAUACGUGCUGCAGCUCACGAUCCUGUCGAUGGCAAAUGCUACCUUGGACGCUGCAUUUGUGCACGAAGACAACGACGGGGUCUCGCUAGGCGCGCUGCGGCUCAAGGCGCCGCCGGCCGUGGCCUUCCCACGCGACACUGUGACGACGGCGACGGCGACGGUACCCAUCCCGAUUGUCGACACAGUCUCGGACUUGACGAUCACGCGAAUUCGCUUGGUAUGGAACUCGACACACUCGGUGGAUGCGUGCGCGCUGCCGCAAACUUCGUAUGCGACCAGUGCCGUGGCUACCGAGUGCACGUGGCCGUCGCUGCCAACGUCAGGAGUUGCCUUGUCGCCGCUGCCGUCGUUUGCAGGCUCUGUGCGCCUUCAGAUCUACGCGCUGGCCUAUGCGUGGACCACGCACAUCGUGGCGGUGGAUGCCGGGCCGUUGGUCGUCGGCGCGUUUCCGAGUGCGCUCUCGACACACGGCGACGCGACACCACUGCGGUUGAUCGUGCACCGGUGGCGCCCGCGCAUGCUCGUGGAGCUCUCGUUGGCGCACGUCGACGGUCAGUGUCCGCUUCGAUCUUUAACCCUCCCGUCGUCUGUGUUCACAGCUGCGACCCCGACGGUGCAGGCAACCGUGCUCUGGCACCCGACCGUUGCUGGUUGGCUCGUCGGACGCGUUGGAACCUCGGGCGCCACCACGUUUUACGCUCGGUCCGUGGAAGUCUUUGUCGCAUCGGCACCGCCGCUUGUGCCGAGUCUUGUUACGUGGACAUCGGGAGCACAUCCUGCAGCGAUGACGUUGGAGGUGGCCAUCGACCCCAGCGUCUGUGAGCUGCACGUGACCGUACCAGAGUGCCCUUUCCUGACGCCAACACUGCUGCCGUCCGUCACCAAGAUGACAGCGGCAAACGAAUGCAGCAUCCACCUCUUUAGCCCGGCAUCGGCGGUUGUUCGUGCGUGGUCGACGGUGCUGCCGACAGGCACUAGGGUCAAGCUGACCGAAAUUGGUUGUAAGGAGGGACAACAACAGCAGCGUUUUCUGUCGCCACCGAUUGUCGACACCCACCGGCGCUUGACGUCGACAGCGACCGACGCAACGACAACUCCAAGCGGGCGCUUUACGGGGACGACGGCCAUUGCAACGGCCGAUGGCACCUGCGUCCUCGAUUCGAUGGCUCUGACAACGGCCUUGAAUGGAUCGGGUCUGGUGCAGUUUACAUGGCCGUACGACGCGCUACUUGACCUCCGUGUCCAAGUGGGCAGCGGGCCGACGCAGGUCGUCGACACUUGGACGGGGGCCAUUAAUGUGACCCUCACGAGCUCGGUGCCCACAGUUCUUUUUUUUGUCCGCGCCGACGCAUCAUCGCACGCCACACUCAACUGGUCGAUCGCAGAGGCCAACGGUACCAAAUGGCCACCGACGGCAGUUGACUGCCGCCCGCUGCAAAUGGUGCCCGGUCUCGUGCGCCUCAACAGCUCGAGUGUCGCCGGUGGCAGCUCGCUGGUCGUUGCGUCGCUUGUGCCGAACGACGUCAUGAUCGCGUCCAUUGACGUGCUUCAGUUCUUCCUCGGCGCACCGGUGGAAACCAUUCGCCUCAACGGGUCGAUCAUCGCGGUCGGACCGCUGUCGUACCUUUCCUUGUACGAUGUGCCGCUGGGAUCGGUCGUGUCCCUGGACACCAAGAACGCCUCGAUUGCAGUCGAUGCCGUUGCUGCGGUCUUGGCGUCGGGCGUGUACUGGACGUCGACCGUUGUCGCGCCAUGGAGCAACGGGUCCAAGUGCGGUGCCCCGUACAUUGGAGCGCCCGUCGUUGAACCCUCCUGCGCAACAAGAGUGUUUCUGCCGCCGGUGACCCUGCCACCGGCCUCUCACUACGAGCACGUGACCAUGAUCAUCACAAUCGCGCCGUGCGUGACCGGCCUCGUCACACAGUGGUCGAUACCCGUGUACGAGCCAACGUCGUGCGUGUUUGUUGUGCCCGGAAACCAGUCGACGUCCGUGGUAGUGACGACAGCAACUGCGUCGGUGCUGUCAUUCUCUCUUGCGGCGACAGCUGCAAACGCUUCGGACGCAUCCACCUCGGUGCGCAACUGGACGGUUGCGAUACCAGCUGGCUGCAGCGACACCUCGGUGGCGGUGCCAGACGCGCUACCCGACUGCCCGCCGCUAAAGCCAUACGUUGUGACGGCGUCCGUCGUCCAAGGCCAACCGUUUGACGUUGUCGUGCCCUUGCCGGCCUCGUCGCAAGUGUGGCAGGUAUCACAACUGACUGUGUCCAUGAACCCGUGCGGCGUCCUCCAAAAUAUAUCUGCUUCGAUGCUAGCCGAUGGGUCGUCGACGUCUUGUGUUCUCUACUACAACAACGUCCGGGCGCCACUCGUUCUCACAAUGACACCGGUGGCCAACUGGUUUGGGCAGCUCAUGCUCUCGGUGCAGUCGACGCAGUCGGUGCUACGCGGUGCCUUAACCUCGCCGUUGGAUCGUGGCGCGUUACCAAACAUUCGACAACUCGUGCUGGAAAAUGCGCUUCAAAUUGCUUUGACCACGCCCGGUUACCUCUAUGCACACACGGCCAUUGGCGCGUGGCAACCGCUCGCCUCGCCGGCGUCGUUUCAACACAUUUCGUCUGGAAACGGCGUGCUCUGCGGCACAACAUGGACCGCACAUCUCUUCUGCAGUCUUUGGAACACGACGACGACGCUAAAUGCGUGGGUAUUGCUGCGCAACGACACGCGAUUUGUGCUUGUGGCCAACGGCAUGGUGGUCGCCAUCACGACCGACUCGGCCGUCGUCGGAACGUCGGUGACGGACCUUGGCGCGGCGUCAACAUGGGUAGCCUAUCAAUCGUUCAUCGCUACGUCGACGGUGAUUGCGUGGGACGGGCACUACGUACUGAAUGUGGUUCACAACCAGCUCGUCCUGGCGACGACGCCGACGUCCGACCUUUCAGUGUUUGGGUCGAUCAUGAACCUACCAGCGUUCCUCGGACCGAAUUUCGACUGGUCGUCACUGCAGCUGGUCAACGGUGCAGCGUAUGUCUUGGACGCUUCGGGGCUCGUCUGGUCCCGACGCCUCUCGUCAUCGCUCGUCGACUGGGUGAUCGCGUCGCCGCGUGGUGCUCGGUGGAGCUUCUUCGCUGUUGCCGCGUCCGGCGCGCUCUGCGGCGGCAGCCACGGCACCCUCAUCACCUGCGAAGGCGUCGACACGAACGUGCCGGUUGUGCAGUCGCAGUGCCAGUCGACGGGCAGCGUCGUCGCCAACUGGAUCUACGGCGCGUCGACGGUCGCGUCGUCGCUUCGAACGGCGGUGCUCUUCAGCCAAGUGUUUCGCUCGCCGCUGUUGUUUACGCUCGCCUACCGUCUAGAGACGUUGUACGCGGCGCUUGUCAUCACAGCGCACGUCAACGGCAACGAUGCGGUAACGCUGUUUGCGUCCGACCCGGCCAACAUGACGCUCGGUGUGUGGACACCCGUGACGCUGGACGCGAGGCGUUUCGUCGGCACACCGUUCCAACUCAACAUUACGGCCACGAGCUACGCCGCGAACGACGUUGCGAUCGCCCGCUUUAGUGUCAUAUCAACCACGCCGUCGACCGGCGCACUCGUCGUCGAUGCAGUGACCGGCGGCGCGGUGACGGUGCACCACGAGCCGCCUCCGACGACCAAUGACGACGGGUUCAUUGUGCGGUACACGGCGACCGUGACGUCCGUCAACGGGACGGGGUCGCCCCAGCUGGCCUACCACGGCGACGGUAUGACCGACGUCGGGUGCUUUCAGACGGCAAACCUCGGGCUCCUUCCGGCGCCAACGACGCAAGUGUUGACCCCCGGCGAGUGCGCCCGCCUCUGCGUCGGCGCGGAGCGUCAAGUGAAUUUGACAGCCAAUAGUGUGUUGCGCAGCGCGGGUCCGAUUCUCUUGAACUCGAACCUUCCUGGCUGGACGGUCGAGAUGUACUUGUAUCUGUACGCGCAGACGACGCCGUCGUCCGUGCUUUUUCUGCUGGACGCAACGAUGGCGUCGGUGGUCUUGGACACCAACACCGUCGUCGUCACGGUGAGCGGCAACGCGGUGCGCAUCCCUUACGCCUUUCCACUGCACGAGUGGUUCCACCUCGCGUUCGUAUACGACUUCAGCGGAAGCUACGUCCGGGUCUUUGUCAACGGAGUCCCCGCCGCGUCCGCAACUCUGCAAACCGCAUGGCCAACAAGCUCGUCGCCACGUCUCCAGAUUGGCGCCGAUACCUUGUGGAACACGGCAACCGCACCGCUUCUGGCCAUAGUGGACGAGGUACGCGUGUGGGGACUUCCGCGCUCGGACGCCGCGAUUCGCCUAUUCUGGGACCAAGACGUUGUUGACGCUGCUCUGGCCGUGCACCUACGGUUCAACGGGCUCGAUGUUGCGAGGGACGACUCUGGCAACAACUAUACAUUCACCGCCUCGAACGUCCACGCCGUCGCCAGCCGAGUGCCGCCGCGUCGGUUUGGCCUGACCAAAGGAGGCAAGUGCCUAUGCGCCCCACUGCCCUUCGUUGGCAAGCAGCUUGCCGACGGCGCGUGCAACGCAUCGUGUGUGUCCCUACCGUCGAAAAGCUGCGGAAGUACGGAUGGCAUGGCUACGAGCGUGUACGAGUUGGGUCGCUUUGUGGUCACCGGCCUGGCGCCGUCGACCACAUACAAGGUCAAUGUGGCAUACGAGACGGCGUCGGUGUCGCGCACGAUUUCGACGACGACGGUCACUACCACGGUUGCAACGGUCCCUGGCCCCGUGGAUCGCCCGUUCCGUGGCCGCACGUUGGCCCCUGGCAGUCUUGUCGUCAACUGGAACACGACUGUCGACACGGGUGGCGCGCCGCUCACGGGCUUUCUCGUGUACGUAAAUGGCUUUUUCGUGGCGACGGCAGAGGCGACGGCGACCGACGUCGUUUUACCCAAUCUCCUUCUCUCGACCGAGUACCUUGUCACGGUCGCCGCCGUCAAUGCGAUCGGCAUUGGCGCGCCGAGUGCUCCGUUGGCGUUGCACAUGACGUAUGCUCCGGCGUCACCGACACCGCCGCUGUCGAUGCAGUUGCUCGACGCAACGGCAGGUGCGCUGCAUGUGCGUAUCGGUGGCGUCGCCUUUUGCGGUGGGGGGCCUCUUCGGAGCGCGUACGUCGAGAAGAAAACGGCCCGGUCCGUCCGCGAAGGCGCCGGCUUUGUGUUUGGCGCCGUUGGCGGUACCCUGAAUGCCGCUGGCGACAUUGACAUCUGGGUGUACGGUCUUCCGAGCAGUGCCACUGUCGCGCUCCAUGCCGUCGUCAUCAACGCGUUCGGGUCCUCGAGCGACUACGGCCCCGUGUUUACCUUUGCAACCGUCGCGAGCUCGGGGUACCCGCUCUCCCCCGUCCCGAGUGUGACCACCGUCUCUGGCGGCGCCAUCGGACUUGCACUCAUGCCGCCGCUCGACACCCUCGGCGCGACGGUGGUCGGCUACGAGGUGUUUUUGCGACCUAUCACGAGCAGCGCAUGGCUGCUGGCGGCGUCGACACCGGGCUCGAGCUCGUCGGUGACGGUGUACACAGACCCGACGACGCAGCUGCCACUGCAGUCUGCAACGACGUACGCGGUCGAGGUCGUCGCAAUCACAGACACGAUGGUAUGCAGCCCGCUCUUGGACUUUACGGGGUUGGGUCAAACCGCCAACGUUUCAACCCGUGCCGCGGGACUUCCAAGCCCUCCGAGUGUCGAGAUACUGGCCGUCGGAGCGAGUUACAUUACCUUCAAGUGCGCGCCGCCUCUUGACAUGCAAGGCGCCGUCAUGCUGGAGCUGGUCGGAAACGUCUCGGGGACGCUUGUACCUAUUCCUUUCGCUGGCAACACAACGCUCAGAGGUCUCCGCGGCAACACGACGUACCACGUACAGUGCGCAGUACAAACGUCGCUCAACCGCACCGCGUGGAGUGCACCGAUCUCGGUCAAGACAAGCGUAACGCAGCCGCCGUCGCCGGUGCAGCAGCUAACGAGCAUGACGCUGUCAGCGAGCCAGGUGCAGCUGAUGUGGAGGGCGCCGAAAGACUGGGGAGGCGCGACGCCGACGGGCUAUUACAUCUACCGCAACGCGACGUCCUUGGUGUUUUUAUCCGCCGUCUCGCCCGAAAGCAACCAGUUCACGCUGGACUAUCUGCGCGUCAACACAACAUAUUCAUUGAUCGUCGUGCCGUUGACGACGAGCCACGCGGGUGACCCGUACGCCGGCCGCAUCUCGGCAACGACGUCUUCGUCUACCCACGUGGGGGCGCCCCCCGUCCCCGUCGUGGACGUCGUCGGCGCCGACUUUGUUGGGCUCACGCUGACGCCAACGCCGGAAACCGGUGGCUACGACAGUGUGAGCUACCAAGUCAACAUGACGACGCCGCAGUCGUGCUAUGUACCGACGGCCGCCGACCCGUGUGCGACCUGCAACGGCUACAACAUGCUUUCGCUACUGACGUUGAACGCUACGUGUGGGGCGGUCAAUGGACUCUGCUACGCGGGGCAACUGCAGUGUGCGUACAUCCCGCCACCAACGACUGUGUGUACCCUGCACUCGGUCGCGGCGGCCGCCAGCGCAGGAUGCACCGCUGCGGGGCUGCUUCCCUCGACAACGUACUUUUUGUCGGCGUAUACGCUCAACCCGAUCGGGGCCAGUGUCGCCAGCACCACGUCGCAGACAACAAGUCCACCCGUCGCGCCGCCGUCUGUCGUCGCCGUGACCGGUGUCGAUGCCGUUGGGGCACUAACCUUGCAAUGGUCGCCACCCCCGUCGCUCGGCGGUAUGCCUCUGCGCAACUACUCGGUGGUCUGCGACAACACCCUCGUGGUCAACGUGACGCACACGUGCUAUGUGCAAGCGCUCACGGCCCUCGGUGCGUCGCCCAUCGCGGCUUCGAUGUUUGUCUUGACGCAAGUCGGGCCGCCGGGUGCGCCGACCGCCGUUGUCGCCUUCCGCAACGCAACGUCGGCCAGCGUCCAGCUCAACGCCCCGUGUAACGUCGGCGGUGCAGCCGCGUUCUUAUUCGACUGCGCUCUCGUCGAAAGCGAAACAAACACGUCGGCUUCGGUUCCUUGCACCGAGACGACGCCCACGAGUCUCGCAUCGUUGUCUGUCAACACCACGUAUGCGUUCCAAGUGCGCACGACGACGGUCUAUGGUUCGAGCCCGUGGGUGACGCUGCCUUUUGCAACAAUGUCGGGCAUUCCAGCCCCACCAGACAUGUCACUUGUCUCGGCCUCGGACCGCGAGUUGCUUCUGUGCGUCAAAGCGCCAGAUUACCUCGGCGGGUCCAACUUGGUUGGCUAUGAGUUGGUCGUGGGCACGGCGACCGAAUUCGUGCUCCAGUCGACGCUUCUCAACGACAACUCGGACGCCUUCACGGUCUCGGGGUCCUGUCUUCGCGUCACCGUAUCCAACGUCUCGUUCGACACGGCGUAUACUGCAUCCGCGUCUGCUAUCGGUAUUGGCGGUGUGAGCCUCGCCACGACAGCCACUUUCGCGACGCUGCCGCAGCAACCGGGCGUGCUGGCCUGGAACGCGUCGACCAUCCAAGCCAACCAAGGUGUGAUGACGCCGGUGAGUCUGCUCCGGUCGGGGGGCGUCACGGGGCCCAUCAAUGUUUCGCUCCAUAUUACAAACAACGUCAACAACACGUACAUCUGCGACCCUUCGACGGGGCUCUGUAAACCGCCGAGUCCUUGCAGCCAAGUGUACCCCGACACGGAUCUGGUCGGCAACGACUUGGCGUACAUGGCGUCGCCGUCCGUCGCCGACUGUUGUGCCAAGUGCCAAGCGUACGCGGGGUGCACCGCCUAUGCGCUCAACGCUGGUCAGUGCUACCUCAAGUCGUUCGGCCUCAACCCGCAAACCGUCGUCGGUGUCACGGCCGGCAUCAUCACGCCCAACUGUCCAACAUAUUACUUUGGCGUCGACUUUGUGGACCCGUUUCUGUCGUAUGAGGUGCUGUCACUACCGGAUUGCGUGGCCGCGUGCAAAGCCAUGCCCGACUGCAUCGGUUUUAGCUAUAUCCUUUCGACGCAGACGUGCUACUUCAAGAGCGAGCUGACGGAGAAGACGACCAACGCCGACUGUGUGACGAUCGUUGUGGCCCCGAUCUGCCAGGCGUCGCAAACGCUCGCGCUGGCUUUUGAAGACGGCGAGAGCGUCAAGACACUCUCGUUUGCGAUUCCCAACGACGUCCACGUGGCGAAUCCCUAUGACCUCGCAUUGACGCUAAGCGCGCCCACCAACGGCGCAUCGCUCGGCGCCCCGAGCGUCUUGCAUAUGAACGUGACGCGCGACGGCGGUACCUUGCAGUGGGCUCCUGCCGGCCCCGCGGGACAAAACACAUCGACGACGCUGACGCUGAACCGACGCGGGCAGACGGUGCUACCAGUGUCGGCAUCGGUGCUCCUCCAAGCAAGCAACAAUAUGACCUACAUGUGUAACGCGUCGACACUUGUGUGCGCCCCGCCCGCGACGCCGUGCAGUCAGCAGUAUCCGGGCACCGACUUUCUUGGCAACGACCUCACGAGCACGACGGCGUCGUCGGCGAACGACUGCUGUGCCCAGUGCCAGGGGUACAGCGGCUGUGGCGCGUACGCGUUCAAUACGAUGACAAACGGAUGCUAUCUCAAGUCGAUCGGGCUCAACACGCUCGCAGUGCCGGAGGUGACGGGCGGGAUUCUCUCCAACAUCUGCGUCCGCGAGAUUGCCAACACGAAUGCUGAAGGCGGCGACAUUGGCCCGGAAGCAGGCGUGACGCUCGACCAGUGCCGCGUACUCUGCCGCACGAACCCGCAGUGUUUUGGGUAUCGCUACGAGGCGUCGACGUCAACUUGCUGGCCAAAGACGUAUGUGGACAACCUGAUGUCCGCCCAGGAUGGCGUCUUGGGGUUCACGCAGCAACCAUGCCAGACGUCGGGGGUGACCCUCUCGUUUCCAUCCGGUAGCAAUGCGAGCACCUUGAGAGUGCAAGUGCUGCCGACAACAACGUACGCGGCACCAUACUCGGUCACAGCGUCGAUUCAAUCGACGACCAACGGUGGAAUCUGGAACGCCUCGAUGCCUCUCGACCUGGCGGUGCUCGACAAUGGCGUGGCGGGUCAUUUCGCCUUUGAAAGCACGUGGCUCACGACGUUCGUCAAUGUCUCGAGUGUCCAACUGACCGUCCGCCGGCUGUUUGCCACCAACGGCAACGUCGUCGUCACGCUCACGUCGUUGUCGUCGACCGUUGUGGCGCAAGGACUCUUCAACACGACCCUUGCGUUUGCCGACGGCGUGACCUCGGCGACGGCGUCCAUGGCACUGAUGAUACCGCCGACGCCGACACCGCCUCAAAACGUGACGAUCAAUAUUGCUGCCGUGACCAACUAUGGUUGGAUUGUAGCACCGUCGACCUGCGUCGUCACCGUGUACGACACGCGCCUUACGUGGCCGGAUCCCCCGACGCAACUCCACGCAUCGAUGGCCACCGGCAGUACGCUCUACGUUGCGUGGACGCCGCCGGCGUUCAAGGGCGGCGUCGACGUCUUGGCGUCGGCCUUGAGCUACCAGGUGUUUGUGGCGGGCAGGGCCACGAUCGUGACAUCGGCAACGCUCGUCAACAUCUCGCAGCUCGCGUCGCUCACAAGCUACAACGUCAGUGUUGCCACUGUGAAUGCGUUUGGGCAGAGCGCCGCUACGGCACCCAUGGUCGUGCAGACAACCGUGCCCACGGCGCCCAGUGCGCCGACGAGCGUCGGUGUUUCUGCCGUCUUUGCGACGCAAGCUGUCAUUUACUGGGCGCCACCAAGCGACACGGGCGGGGUGCAUAUUGCGUUCUAUCGCGUAUGGCAGCAGCACGUUGCUGCCGCGUCGACGACGCUCGUCGCGCAGGUAGCGGCGACAGCGACCUUGACGACCCUCGUGGCCAACUUGCUUCCCAGCUCUGCACACGAGCUUUACGUCACGGCCACAAACACGGCAGGUCUCGAGGGGACUCCUGCGCUUUUGACGGUGCUGACGACCGCGCCCACGCCACCUGAUGCCCCGGUACCCCCAAACGUGGUAGCUGUCACUGGUGGGGCCGUCACGUUUCGCUACAACAGCUCAAGCUACGAUGGAGGCGCACCAGUGACGACCUUUCGUGUCGUCUCGGAUUUUGGGCUUGCAUGCAGCGCCUCGACCAGCGCCACGUGCGCCAUCUACGGCCUGUCGCCGACGACAAUGUACGCUGCGAUGGUCUUUGUCGAGAAUGACUUGGGUCCGUGUGCGAACGGGACGCAGUUUACUUUUAUGACGGGGACAGCGUCCUCGCCAGCGGGUCUGCUGCCCCCCACUGUUGUCCAAGAAGCUCUGGGCGCAUUGACCCUGUUGUGGGCACCACCCGCCGACACUGGCGGUGUGCGUAUCGUCGGCUACACGAUUCAAGCUUGCGUUGCCAACGGCACAUGCGACAUGGUCUACUCGCAAGUGUCCAACCCAGCAACGACAACCACACUGACGACACUGAGCCCAAACACAACGUACAACUUUUCGCUCGUGGCGUACAACACGCAGUCGUUCUGCGCGGGCGCAGCAGCCAGUAUCGGCGCAUCGCUCCUCCACAGCACUAUGAAACGGACGCCGCCGGCCCCGCCGACGCUCAAGCUUGCGGGUGUCACGGGCGGCGCCAUCACCCUCGACUGGACGCCGGUCGUUGCGUCUGCUGACAUUUCUGCCUACGCCUUGUACAACGUCGAUAUGGCAACUCUGCUCUUUGAAGGCAACGCGACAAGCUUUGUCGUGUACGACUGCAGCGCACUGAGUACCUACCGCUUCCAAGCGCGCGGGCUCAACGACAUUGGGUGGACCAAUGCGACGACGUCUGGCGGCAAGGUGGCGCUCGCGUGGAGCCCGCCGGCGGAUACGGGUGGCGCCACGCCGUUGUAUUAUACCAUCCUUCGCAACGGCUCGCAAGUCGCCGCGAACGUGCUUUCAACGACGUACGUCGACACGGUCAAUGUCACUGCCUCGACCGUGUAUGCGUAUUCCGUGGCCGCGUCCAACCUGGUGUUUACGGGAUCGUUUUCGGCGCCCGUGACGGUUCAAACCGCUGCGCGAACGCCGCCAGCGUCUGUCAUCGUCCGAAACAUCACAGCACUCGGUGGCUCCCUCGUCCUUGCGUACGAUCUUCCGACUGACUCGGGGGGCACCCCCCUGACAUCGAUGACAGUCGUUGCGUACCAGUAUCUCGCUUCAGCAAAUACGUCGUCGUCGUCACGGGUCCUUGUUUGGAACGAAACCAGAAGCGCGGUGUCGACGACCGCUAUCUCAGGCCUGACGGCACAAACUUUGUACGAAAUUUCGACUGUGGUUACCAACGCUGCCGGGUCGAGUCUGCCCGUCGGUAGUGCCGCCUCGACGGCUGCGGCGACGACCCCGAGUGCCCCUGCCAGUCCGCUGCUCGCGAGUGCCAACUCGACAGCGCUUGUUGUCAACGUCAGCGCGCUCACCAGUGCGUACGACUUUGGUGGAACCCCGCUCGAUGCCUAUCGAGUGUUUGUCAAUGGCUCGUUGGUGGCGACCGUGUCGGCGGCGGCACCCAACGCAACGGUGCUCCCAGGUCUCUUUGCCGCGACGCUUUAUGCCGUCGAAUUGGCCGCCGUGAACGCCAUCGGAAGCUCUCCCCUCGGGUCGCCCCUUUUGGCGACGACGGCGUCGAUGACCGCCCCUGGUCCCGUCAACAAUAUUGCAGUUGUCGCGGCUACGGGUACAACGCUGACGGUAUCGUGGGCCUACCCAAGCGUGACUGGCGGUGCGCGCCCGAGCGACAUGACGUUUAUGGUGCAGUAUAACGAAGCCAAUGCCUCGAGCGUCGUGACCAGCCAACGCCCGACCAUCGUGCUCUCGUCGCUACAUCCGCUCACAACGUACACGAUCCAAAUCCAAGUCGCAACGGCAGGAGGCACAAGUAUCAUGGCAAAUACCACUGCGACGACGACCGUCGGCGCCGCCGGCACGGCAUCGAUGGCGUCGACUACUACUACCGUCCUGGAGAGCGACGCCUUUGUCACCGUGAUUGCGACACGGAAUGCCACCGGCGUCGCGUCGUUCGUUGGCUACUACACGACGGAUGCAUCGGCGGUCGCUGGGCGCGACUACAUCGCGGCGUCGGGCAACGCCAUGUUCGCUGCCGACGCUGCAAACACCAGCAUUACCAUCCAGCUCCGAGACGACAUUGCGUGUCAAACGAGCGGACGUCGCUUCAACAUUACGCUCGUGCAAACGGAUGGGGUCGACGUGGGGGAAGCCGCGUCGAUGGAAAUCGUCAUCAACGAUGACGUCGACGGCGGUAUCGUUGCGUUUCAGCAAUCGUCGCAGACCGUUGCAACGCUGGCGCCCACGACGACACCCGUGGCUGUGCCGCUUGUACGCACCCUUGGCAAGUACACGGACGUGAACGUGAGUUUGUUUCUCGUGCACGCCACGUCGACAGCGCAACUCGGUGUUCAGAUCGCGUCACUUCCGGCGUUUGUCUCGUUCCCGGUCAACGAAACGACGACCGUAGCGACUGUCUGGCUGCUCAAUGACCAAACGUACCACGACCCACCGCUGAGCUUUACGAUCGGGUUGGCCCUCGUCGAUGGCGCGAGCGUGUGUGCCGUUGCAGCACCAACGCCAAUGACAACGUCGGUGCUGAUUCUCGGUCGGAACGUCGUGUCCCCACCGGCAUCGCCAACGCAAUUGCAACUCGUCAGCGCUACCGGCGGCUCUCUGCGUCUUGCUUGGGUGCCACCACAGUACACAGGCGGCUACAAUCUUUUCGUGGCAAGCUACCUUGUUGUGCUGUCCGGACCAGGCAUCAACACGACGUCUGUGAAUGUCUCGCUGCCCACUGCCGUCUUGAGUGGUCUCGUUGCCAACGGAAACUACUCGGUUGCGGUGGCGUCGGGAACCAGCGUUUACGUCGGUGCUCCAAGUGAAACUGUGUACGUCCAGACAACGGCAGCAACACCGCCAAGCCGCCCACUCAACGUUCUCUGCGCGAGUCAAACCGGUGGUAGCAUCACGGUCACGUGGGCUCCACCGCUCGACGCCGGUGGGUCGCCCAUCUUGGGAUACAGCAUUUUGAACGUGCAGUCGACGAAUUCGUCCCUUGCGCAGAUGUACGUCAGCACCUCAUUCACGUGGUCGGGCCUUGUGCAGCUCACAAAGUAUACGCUGGCAAUCGCGGCCGUCAACAGCUUCAACAUCGUCGGUGACGCCGUGAGCAUCACCUGCACGACUGUGACGGGAAAUGCGCCCGCAACGCCGUCGCCACCUGUGCUUGUUUCUACGACGGGGGGUACGAUAACGGUGUCCAUGACGAGCCCCGUUGACACGGGGGGCUUGCCACUCACACUCUAUGCCCUGUAUGGGAACAGCGUGGCACUCCCCAACUUGUACACGCAAGUCUACAAUGGAUCCUCGUCGACUGCAACGGUGUACGGAUUGGCCGCGGCCACGACAUAUGGGUUUCAGAGCAGAGUUGUCAACGCUGCGGGAAUGAGCGCAUCCUCAAGCACAGUCUUUGUUUCGACGCCAGCGGUGACGGCACCGUCGGGACCGUUGGCACUCGCAGUUGCCGCACCUCCCACGGGGGGCGCCGUUGCUCUGCGCUGGUCGCCGCCGCUCGACACGGGUGGCACCGCCAUCACGGGGUACUUUGUGCGGCUCUACAGUAUGAUUGAUCUCGUCACAAAUGCACCGACCGUCGUGUACGAGAACGACUCGAGUCUUGCGCUCGAGACGACGAUCUACGGUCUUGCGUCCAAUACGACAUACGCCUUUUCGGUUGUGGCUGUGACGCUGCUGAGUCACUGCUUGAACCCGGCGCUGAUUCAAGAAAGCAGUCGCAUUGUGGCGCGCACAGAUGUGGCUACCUUGCCGUCGGCGCCGUUGUCGCCGUCGCUCGUAACCGCGACGGGCGGCAUGCUCUCGUUGAGCUGGAGACCACCGUUGGACAUUGGCGGUGCCGCUGUGUCCAUCUACCGGGUCUUUAACUCGACGAACGAUCUUGUUUGCACAUCGCCGACCGUUGACUGCAGUGUCUAUGGGCUCUCGUCUCAAACGAUUUUCCAUUUUACAAUCACGGCAGUCAACAGUGUCGGGCAGUCACCGCCCAGCAGUACGCUGACAGCCACGACGCGCGUCGUCUCGGCGCCGAGUCCUUCGCUCAACAUGUCGACACUUGUGGUUGGUGCGGAUAUGCUCUCCCUGGCGUGGCUUGCGCCGCUUGACUCUGGCGGCGCUGCCAUCGUCGGCUACACCGUGUAUCGCGACGACGCUCUCGUCGCAUCGACGGGCCCGACACCGACAUUCGUUGACCGCAGCGGCCUUUUAGCCAAUACGACGUACCGGUAUGCCAUCCAAGCUUUGAACGGCCGACUACCUGGGGCUAUAACGUCUGCGUUUUUCGCGACAACGGGCCCAGCCACGGCACCAUCGACGCCAACGGCCAUCACAAUGUCUGUCGCGGGUGGGAGCAUUUCUGUGACCUGGGGGGCGCCGAUGUCGACCGGAGGUAUCGUCGACAUGUCCACUGUAUGUCAACUGUACACCAACGAGAGCUCGCUACUUCAACAGCUCGUGGCACGGAAUCCUCCUUGUCUCUUUGUGGCGCUGGACCAGCGCACAGCGUACGAGAUUGUCAUCUUCAACAACAACACCGUCGGUGCCAGCGCACCUACGAGCCUCAAUGUGAUGACCAGCGAUGCAACGCUACCGCAGGUGCCACCGACACCGAUCGUCCUCGAGCAUUCGGGCAGCGUGGCGACGCUCCAAGCCGUGGCACCAAGUCAAACCGGCGGUCUCCCGAUUCUUGCUAUGAAAAUCUACAAUGAUGGGCAGCUGCUCGGGAACACGACUGCCGCGACUUUGCUUCAGUGGACAUUGAUCAACCUCGUAGCGGACACGGCGUAUGUUUUCCAAACGACUGCCGUCACGGGCGUCGGCGAGAGUUCGCUGAGCGCUCCUCUGCACUUUACAACCGGUCCCGUCGUUGCGCCCUCGGAGCCGCGUAACGCGUCGGUGGUCGCUGUGAACACGACGAGCUUCACGCUCAGCUGGAUACUGCCGCGCAACUCGGGCGGGCGGCUUCAGGAGCUGCUGUACGAAGUGGUAGUUUUUGAGACGGUCAACAAUACGUCACUUGGUGUUGCUGUCGCCACGAGCACGGUGACGAGUGUGACCAUCGGGAACCUUCAAGACGCUACGGCGUACGAAGUGACGCUUCGAGCUUACAAUAACGCGGGCACAAGUGCAACGACAGCGCCACUCGCCGUGACCACCGUGCCACUCGCCAAGGGCGUCGGUGGCUGGGCGAUAACCAACGUUUCGGUGCUCUCCUCGAUUGGUACGUUCCAUUUGCCUUUGGUGCGCACGAACGGGUCUUCGGAUGCGCUCGUACUCUCCGUCACAUGCGUCGGUGUCGGAAUCUCGCCGUCGUGCCCAGGGCAGGUGACAAUGGCCGACUUGGCGACGUCGUUGUCGGUUCCGAUUACGAUUCCAGCCAGCAGCGUCUAUGUACCCAACCAAUCGAUUCUGGUGACGCUGAGUGGCGACGGCGAUACGAACGGUGUCGACCCGUUGGCCACCUCGGUGACCGUCACCGUAGACUGUGAAGUCAACGCCGGCGUCUUUCAUGCCGGCAUCGUGUCCGUGCCCAUCGUUCGCCAUAUCGGGGUGUCGACAGCGGUGGUCUGGGCCCCGUUGGACGUGUCUGGCAGCGUGAACGGGACGUCGGUGACAGGUCUCGAGUAUCAGAUUCUACCCAACCAGCUUAUUUCGUUUGCCAACGGAGCGACAACGGCAUCGCUGUCGGUCUCGAUCGUCAACAACCAGCGCCCCGUGUUUCCCCGCCACUUCUUUUGUAUCGGACUCCAAAAAAUAUCGGGCGGCGGCUACAUGAACGCAACGGGCAACGCGACGACAUGCAUCACGAUCUUCAACGACUGGACGCCGAUGGUGCCGAGCGCAGUCUCGGUCGCGUCUGUGGCCUACGAAGCCACCGGCGGCCUCUUGAACCUCACGUGGGCGUCGCCUGUCUACCUCGGUGGCAUCGGCGUCACCGUGUCCCAUUAUACUCUGCGCGUCGUUUCGGCGUCGGGACUGCACUCUGUGCUAUCGACUUCGACGAACGCGACAACGGCACUCGUUGGCAACCUCACUGAACUCACAGUUUACACGGUUGGCAUCGCUGCUGUCAACGUCGUCGGCGUCGGGCCCGAGGCCAAUGCGACGGCAUCCACCAGCCAGCGGUCGCUGCCGGGCCCCAUUGUUGAAAUCAACCAAACCGCUGCCAGCGGCGGGUACGCCCAACUGCAAAUCUCGAUGCCACUCGACACGGGUGGCGUUCCAAUCAGCAACAUUACAGUGCUCCUUUACAGCCCUAGCCGCAAUGAAUUCAUCGCGCAAGCCACACAGGUCUCGCCAACAUACCUUGUGUACUUGUCACAGUGUCAGAGCGCCUACGUCGUUCAAGUUCAGGUGGCCAACACCGUGGGCUACAGCAACAUCACGUCGAACUUUACCGUGUCCACAACGGCAGCCUCCUUGCCCGGUGCGCCACGACUCGUGACAUCGCCCGUGCAAACGGGCGGUGCCAUCACCUUGCGUUGGCUGCCACCGCUCGAUACCGGGGGGGUCAAUAUUACCGGGUACACCGUCUACAUGGCGUCGGACACUGGGCUGGCUCUGUACACGAAGACGACAGCGCCGACCGCGGUCAUCGCGCCGCUUAGCCAGCUCACGACGUAUCAGUUUGUCGUCGUCGCUCGCAAUGCACUGGGCGAUGUUGUGCUACCCGCUCUUGGGUCGAUCACGAUGGGCACGGACGCCAUUACAACCAACGCCAGCACGCCCCAGUUGCUACCUGUCUACACGAUCGAGAUGGCCGGCACCUUGUGGCAACCAUCGCUGAUUCAAAAUUUGGUGAAUUCGAUUCAACUGACGUCCACGUACACGGGGCCGUCGCUCAACGCACAGCAAAUGGUGAUGCGCGGUACAGCGUCGGCGCUCUUUACCACGACGACCAUGGCGGCGACGUUGCCAGGGCCGCCGCCAGCGCCACUGCGUCUCGACUAUGCGUCGGGCAGCGUCGUUCAGCUGCAGUUGCGCUCGCCGAGUGACACGGGUGGCUUGCCCGUGACGGGCUACCGUGUCUUUGUCAACAACACGGAAGUGUCGGGUUUUAGCAUCGUGUCCACGACAAUGUCGCCGACAUCGUCGCUGCACAUCGACCAGAUUGUGCUUGUACCCGGCUUUACGCCGUCGGCAGUCUACAACGUAUCGGUGGUUGCUAUGACGCUCAAGUCGUCGUGCGAGGCGUUGAGUCUCGGCGUCGUCGGCGCAGCGACGCUGCUGCGAGCCAACUCGUCGACACUGCCGCAGCCAGUGCUGUCGCUCACGAGCCCUCAAACCACAGGCGGUGCGAUCUACCUCGAAUGGUUGCCGCCGUUCGACCGGGGCGUUGGACCAGACGUGCCGCUCACAUACACCUUGUCGAUGGCACCGUCGCUAGCACCUGUGUGGUCCUUUGUCGCCAACACUACGGGCACAGCCUACUGGGUCCUCAAUCUUCAGCCCGAAACGAUAUACCUGUUCCACAUUGCCGUCAUGUCGCCCGUUGGUGCGUCACGAAACGUCACUCAAGCGACGUUCGUCACAGCGGGGCUCUCAGCGCCGGGGCCGUGCGAUCCGCCCGUGUUCCUUAAUCACACAGGAGGGUCCCUCACCGUGGGCUGGUCGCCCCCCGUAGACAACGGCGGCCGCCCCGUCACGAGCUAUGUUGUUUACGUGCAGGGUGUGGCGGCGACGACGACGACAAGUGCGCUGUUUGCAACAAUUACGGGGCUCUUGGCGCACACUACGUACAGCGUCCGCGUCAGCGCCAUCAAUAUCAUGGGCACCGGGGCCGCUAGCGAGUACGCGAGCUUCAUCACAGGAAAGCCGUCGCCAGCAGCCGCUCCCUCGAGCCCCGUCGUCGUCGGGCAAACGGGUGGCGCUGUCGUCUUGGCCUUUUCGCCCCCAGAAGAUACGGGCGGUGUUGCGCUCGCCAACAUCUUCUACGCCGUGUACGCCAACAACGUGCUCGUGGCCAACAUUUCCCACGCCGCAUACGAAGCCGCGCUCGGUGCGUCGACGACGACACCAAGCGUGUCAAGUCGUCGCCGCCUGACGGGAUCCACGGGUGGCGUCACGGUAGGCAACCUCAAUCCGUCAACAAGCUACGUUUUCCAAGUGGUGACGGUGUCGAGCGCGGGCGGUGCUAGCCCAGGGUCGAGUUCGCAGUCGGGGGCCACCUCGCCCCCCACCGCCCCCGGUACGCCGUCCGCACCGACCAUUGCUGCUGUCACGGGGGGCACCAUCGCAUUUCGGUGGUCGGCAGUCGUCGACACGGGGGGUAGCUCCAUCACAAGCUACGACCUUCGCGUCGUCAAUACCGACACAUUCGCGACGUACUCGUGCACGGGGCUCAUUUUUCAGUGCGUUGUCGGUGGUCUCGACGGACUCUCGCGCUAUACCGCCACUGUCCAAGCCAUCAACAACAUCGGGCCCUCGGUGGUGAGUCCUUCGACGCUAGCAAGUACCUCGGGGACAACGCCGCCCUCGGUGCCGCAGCAAGUAACGCUUGUGAGUGGGACAACGGAUACGCUUGAGCUCUCGUGGCUACCACCGGUCGACACGGGGGGGUUUGCCAUCACUGGCUACACCGUUUCGGUCGCAGCGGGCGGCGUCUUUGUGACAGCCCUCUCGGUCGCGGCGCCGGCAGACGAGACCAGUAGCGUGACGGCCACGAUCUCGGGGCUUGUAUCAGCAACCGUGUACGCCGUGUCUGUGCAAGCCAUCAACUUUAUCGUCGCCGGUGACACGACCGACGACCUGCUCGUCGAAACCGUUGCGCUCCCAAACAUGCCAGUCGCGCCAAGUGUCUUGUGCGUCUCAAGUUUGUCGGUCACCUUGGUAUGGACGGCACAGGCCGCCGUGUAUGCGUUGCAGCGCAGUGACGGAGCCGUGUUCCGCGACCUCAGGGCACAGUCGUUUGUUGACACUGCCGUGACGACGAGCACAACGUAUACCUUUCCCGUUACAGUGACGACGUUGGCGUCACCAUCGUUGUACAGCAGCUGCGCGCUCUCGUCGACGCCGAUCGUGCAGACUGGGUACACCAACAACGCGCAUGUGACGUGGCAGCUCGCACGCCCCGUCGGCGUGAACCAGCACACCGUGCUCGAUUUUUCGCUCUUCUCGCUCGAGUGCGACCACGACAGUGUUGUUGUGACCGAGCUCAAUUCGCUCAACCAGCCGAAGACGCUGUGGCGCGGCGGGUGCCCGCGGACCGGCGGCCUCACGCUGGUAUCGUCGCAACCCAACGCGGUGCUUCAAAUCGCACUCUCUUCGGAUGCCACUGUCACGCGCGCCGGACUCUCGUUCACGUCGCGUGCUAUCAACGCCUCGACGACCAUCGUUGCCAGCCGCGUGUCGUGUCCGUCCGUCGGCAACGUCGCGUGCGCCGGCAACGGUCUGUGCGCGGGCGCGUCGGGCAAUUGCGUGUGCAGCAUCGGCUUUACGGGAGAAGACUGCAGUCAACGUAUCCUUUGCGAUGCCACGGUGGUCUCGACACGGUGCCCAAAUCUCAUGGACCUUUCGGGCCAAGUCAUUGCCGUGGACCCUGUACAAGGAGACGACGCGCACGGCACGGGCGAGUACAUGGACGCGACGGCGUCGGGCACGGCGAGUAAAGCCGUUCGGUCCAUUCAACAAGCGCUGCGACUCAUUUCGGCCGAUUCGACGGUGCCAAAAACGCUGCUUCUGUACCCAGGCACGUACACAACGCAGCACAACUGCAUGUGGGCGCUCUCGAACCAGAAUCUCACGGUGCGCGGGCUCUUUGGCGUAUCGUCGACCGUGGUCUCGUGCGCCCAAGGCAGUGCGUGGCAGCAGCAAGGCGGGGAGCUCACGAUCCAAGGCGUUGGGCUCCAAGGCGCCCAGCUGAGCAUGGUGCGAGGCACUCUCCAAGUCCGAUCAUGCUCGCUCAGUGGCGGCGUCAAUACCGACGGUGGCUGCGUCUACGUAGACCACAGCACCUUUGUGCUUCAGCAGUCUAACGUGACGGGCUGCCGCGCCCUGCUCGGGGGAGGCAUCUAUGCGCUUCAAAGCACUUUACGCAUUACGGACGCGCUUAUCUCGGCCAAUACAGCGACUGGGGAUGGCGGAGGUAUCUACCUCAGCAGCACGACGACGGUCACGGGCGCCAACGCUGUCGUACAAGCCAACACGGCUGCAAACUACGGGGGUGGCAUUGCCAUCGUCGGCACCGCGACACUGCAAGGCGCGACCGCCGGAGACAUACGGCUACACGACAACACUGCACAGACAGGCGGCGGUGUUAGCGUUGCAGGCGUCGGUCUCUCCAGUAGCAACCUCCUGGUUGAUGCCAAUCUCGCACUCGGCAACGGUGGCGGCGUCACUGUCCAAACGAAUGCAUUUGUGACCGACACUGCGUCACUGCUCGCAUCCAAUGUCGCCAACAGCUUUGGCGGCGGCAUCUACUCGGAGUCGAGCGGGGCGCUAUCGUUUACGGGAACCACGGUCCAGGGCAGCUCGGCAGGACUUGGCGGCGGCGGCGUCGCGCUCAGCGGCAGCACCGGUGCACUGCGAGGUCUUCUCAUCGCAGAAUGCUCCAGCCAGGGGCUGGGCGGGGGCCUUUAUGCUCUCAACUCUGCCUUUGAAUUGCAGUCCAUGCUCCUUGACAGCAACACUGCAGCCACGAAUGGCGGCGGGAUGGCGCUACAGGCAUCCACAUGCUCGGUCCAAAAUGUUACCACGAGCAACAACGUGGCCCAAGGCAACGGUGGCGGCGUCGCGCUCCUCGACAGUCGCGCCACGGGCUCUCUUUCCGUGCUACUCGACUCGGCCGUCGGUGUCGGCGGUGGUGUUUUCCUAAAUGGUGCGUCAUCGCUUGUGUCAACGCGCGUUCGCAGCUGCUCGGCGACCCAAGGGGGCGGUAUUUUCGCCACGUCUAGUAGCGCAACCACCCUCCAAUUGCUCACCAACGUGGUCGUGUCCCAGUGCUCGGCCACGAGUCGCGGUGGCGGCCUCGCACUGUCGACCGUUUUGGUUCAAAUGACCAACGUUUCAAUCGUCGACAACACGGCGCCAACGGGCGGCGCUAUCGAUGUGUCAAGUGCGACGCUGACCGACAUGGCAGCCACGACCCCGAGCUCCGUCGUCAACAACCGCGCCACCCGGGGCGGUGGUGUCAGUUGCAGCGGCACUUCAUUUGUCAGCAACCUUGCCGUCGCAAGCAACACAGCAACGACGAUGGGAGGUGGCAUGUUUCUGCAAGGCAUGACAAGUCUUGAGAACGUUCGCGUCGACGCGUGCUCGUCACUGGGAACCGGCGGUGGGCUGGCGCUCUCGGGUGCCAUAGUCUACCACACAACGUCCUCCAUUCGCAACUGCGUCGCGGCAAAAGGCGGUGGUCUCUACCUCGAGAGCUCUACACUAACCCGGCAAAGCGCGUCGGCGUCGACCAAACUCGUCAUCGAUGCCAACGCCGCGACGGUCGAAGGCGGAAACGCUUUCAUCGGGGGGCCGAGCCAGCUCAUGUACAUUGCUUUCUCAGCGGGGCAAGCGCCCUUUGGCGGCAGCGUCUCCUCCGUCGGCACAUCGGGCUCGCUCGUACAGUGCACAAUUGCGUCGUCGACUGCAACGGCGGGUGGCGGCGGUCUCCGUCUUCUUGACGGCACCUGGCAAAUUACCGACACCACUUUGUCGGGCAACGCGGCCAACCGAGGCGGUGGACUGCAUCUCAACAACUCUGUGCUCACCCACAGCAAUCUUGUGGUCUCGACCAACCGAGCGGUCGACGUUGGUGGUGGCAUCGCGCUCUUUGGCGCCAGCCGUGUCGUCGGCAGCGGUACCGUGUCGCAGGUGACCGCCAACACCAUCCAAGGCCUGAGCGGUGCCAAUGUCUAUUGCGGCGAUGCUGCCACGGUUGUCAUGAGCGCACUGCAGGUCACAAACGCCCGCGCCAACCAAGGUGCUGGUAUCUUUGUUGCAACCGGGGCCACCGUCGCUCUAAGCAGCUGCGAUAUUGACGGCAACGCGGCGGAUACGGCGGGCGGGGCCAUUUACGGUGCGGCCCCGCUGCAAAUCACCCUCACCAACUGCCACGUAACGCACAACACGGCGAUGCAAGGUGCUGCCGUGUUCCUCGACGGCGGUCGAAUCGACAUUGCGUCGUCCGAGGUGUCGCAAAAUAUUGGCACGUCGGGGGGCGCUCUCUACCUUCAGGCCAGUACGCUCUCGCUAACGAGCUCGACGCUGCUGUCCAAUCGUAUUUCCGCCGGUCACGGCGGUGCCAUCACAGCGGUGGCCUCGUCUCAGCUGACGCUGCGCAGCUCAAUCUUUGCAUGCAACGCGGCGACUGACGGCGGCGCACUCAGCGUCUCAUCCCAGUCGUCAGGCGUUGCCUCCAGCUGCACGUUUUCAGGCACGGGUAGCGGCGUCGCUGGUGUCUCGUGCGUCAACAACGGCACCAACCGCGGUGGCCUUGUCUACGUGAUCGGCCAGUCGUCCAUGACCUUGGACUCGGGUUCGCGGCUGUUGUACGCGAGCGCUACAUACGGCGGCGCAGUGUUUGUCUCGCAAGCCGUCGUGUCCAUCUUGGCGAGCUCAGUUUUGAACCACAAGGCGCUUCAGUUUGGCGGCGCCGUGUACUUGGCACAAGCCAACCUGACGCUGACCGACUCGGACGUGGGCUACUGCAGUGCCAUUUACGACGGCGGUGCAAUCUAUGUUACGGGCAAGUCGACGGCGACGGUCGAAACGACGACGGUGCACGACAACACGGUCACGAACGAUGGCGCGGCGUUCCUAGUCGACAUUGGCAGCAACCAGCUCAAGCUCACAAACUCGAUCCUUCGCAACAACAAGGCGCUUCACUAUGGCGGCGGGGUCGCUGCCGGGCGCGACUCGGUCAACGAGUACAUCGGAACGAGCUUUGCGAACAACUCGGCGGUACUCGGUGGCGCAGUGUAUGUGACCGACACGACCUGCCGCGCCACCGAGUGCGCGUUUUUGCAAAAUCAAGCGGCAGAAGGCGGCGGCGUUGCUGUCGAUCGGAGCGCCAUCGUGUUUGCAACGGCGUCGACGUUCCGGGGCAACGACGCGGCGGCCGACGGCGGUGGUCUCCUUCUCAUGCUCAAGGCCACGGCGGUCGUGACUAACUGCGUGUUUGCCCAGAAUUCGGGGAGCACGGGUGGCGCGAUCGCCGCCGGGUCUCUUGCGUCUUUAACCACCACUGGCACGACGUUCCACGCCAAUCGCGCGUCGGGCCUCGGCGGCGCACUGGCGUGCUUCGGCACGGCGACCGUUCAAAUGUCGGGCGCCAAUCUGACGAGCAACCGCGCGUCCGACGGCGCCGGCAUCGGUCUCACGACGUCAGCGUUGGUCAACAUCAGCGACAGCUCACUCCGUGGCAACGUGGCGGGGUUCCGCGGGGGUGGUAUUUACAUGACGGUCACGUCCGCCAAGCAGCUGGCGCGCCUGCGAAUUGAAACCAACCAAGCCUUCAGCGGCGGCGGCGUCUUUUGGUGGGUCGGAACACCAAUCUACGCGUGCGACAGCUGCAAUAUUGUUGGCAACACAUUGUACGACGUGGCUACCGACUCGAAUCAAUUCGACGUCCUCUGGUGGCCGUCGAAUGCGUCCAGCGCGCUGAGUUUGACCCAAGUGCCCGACACGGUGUCGAUCACUGCGCCGUCCAAUCUGACGGCGGCGUCGCCUUCCGAGGUCUGGCCACGCCUCGAGGUCCAAGACUACUAUGGUCAGCGGUCGCUUACGGAGAACGACACGUACUGCUUCGUGACCGCUGCCAACGUCUCGGACAACAUUGUGACGUUCGAUCCGGCGUACCGCGUCAACGCUGUCUCGGGCGUCGCGUGGUUUCCUGGUGCGACGGUCGUCGCAGCGGCGCGCAACGCGUCGUAUCUGCUCGAAACGUCCUGCGUUCUGCCAUCGUCGAGUCUCGUGCGCACGCGUCCCAUCAGCAUGAUCGUUCUGCCGUGCCCCGCUGGGUACAGCCUGGCCGGUGACAUGCGCUGCAAUCGAUGCCGCAACAACCAAUACAGUCUCGACGGCGUCAACUGCUACGACUGCCCGACGGGUGCCAGUUGCACGCAGUACGUCGGCACCCCCGUGGGUACGAGCGCACUCACGUACGGUGUCGCCGUGCCGCGGACGCAGAGCGACUUUAUGGCGUACCGGGCGCCGUCGACGACGCAGUCGGACUGCAACCCGUACAACUGGGAAGCGGCCGACCCGUGUCUGCCGUUCGCAGUGAGCGCGGCCGGUGGCGCCCUCGGGUCGCGCAUCACGAUCGACGUCGCAUCGGUCAUCAACAAGUGCAUUCAGUACGGCAACGCCGCGCUCAUGAGCAAGUACUGGCCCACGGACCGGCGGUUUGCGUGCCAGACCAACAUGUCGUUCUACGCGUGUGACAUCCGAGGCGCGUGCCCUCAAGAUAUAUUUAUCGACACGAUCGCGUACAACGCGUCGGCGAUCCCUUGCGGGACCGGGUACCAAGAGAUCAUGUGUUCCGUGUGUCAAGACGGCUACAAGCGCGCAACCAACGGAUCCUGCCAGCCCUGCGACGAGGUCAACGCGCAGAUCCGGCGCGAGGUGUCGUGGACCAACUUUGUCUUGCCGACCUUGUCACUGCUUCUCUUGUUGCUCAUCGCUGUAGCGCUGCGCCUUUCGCUCAAGGACGGCACGGAAAUUCCGCUGCUCGACAAGGCGCAGCACGACCGCAAGCACAAGCUGUACACGCCGCCGGCUGUCGUGAAGAGCAAACUGCGGCGGUGGGUCGAGGCCAAAAUCGACGCGUUUCGAGCCAAACAGGCCGCGAAGGCGGCCGAGAAGGCCAAGGGCAACACGGCCAUCCUCUUUGGCGUCGCGCCCGUGGACGUCAUGGGGAGCAUUUACUUUAGCCCCGAGAAGAUCAAGAUCCUCAUUGGGUUUUUCCAAAUCUUUGGCAACCUCAAAAAGACGUAUGGGAUCAACUGGAACGCCAACGUCAACUGGGCCAUGACCACGUCCUCGUCCGUCAACCUCGACUUGAUUUCGAUUGCGGGCCUCGACUGCAUUCUCGCGCGGACCUUCUACUUUGAUUUUGUGCUCCAACUGAGCAUCGUCGGCUUCCUCCUCGGCACGCUCUUCUACUGCUACAUGCGCGGCAUCAAGGACUACGAAGCCAAACUCUCUUCGAUUCCGCGCAACUGCAUCAAGUGCGGCCACCCGGUCCACGAUAAAUUCUCGCGCCAAGUGUACAAGGACAUUCCGCGCUACAUGGAGAAGCGCCAUCGGCUGAGCGUCCACGCCAAACAAAACCUCCACCGGCUCCAGUCGAUCGUGCGCUCGCCCAUGGACAAGCUCGCCUCGGACGAGCGCCGGCUCAAGCGCGAGCUCGGUAUGUCCCAAGUCAAGACCGACGUCCUCCCGAUCUUCCCGUCCGUGCACAUUACGCGGCCGUGCCCGACCGACGACGUCCUCUCCGGCGCGCUCCUCGACCGCACGCUGCGCAGCAACCUCCGCGUCUGGCAGGCGCGCGUCAAGCUCCGCAUGAACUACAACACGUACCGGUCUAAGUGUUUUCAGAAAUUUCUCUGGCUGCUCCUUGUGCUGUAUCCGAUGGUGUCGCAGACGAUCCUCAACAUCUUCAACUGCCAAGACGUCGGCGGCGUCUCGUACCUCGUGCUCGACCGGCGCCUGCAGUGCUAUACGCUCACGUGGUCGCUCUAUGCUACAAUUGGAUUCGCGUGCGUUGGCGUCUGGGUCGUCGGCGUCCCGGCGCUCUUCUUCCUUGUCGUCUACCGCGUCCGGACAAAGAACGUCGAAGCGCGACUGGCCAUUCUCAAGCAGCCGCGGUACCGCGAGCUGCGCGCCAAGUGGACCAAGCGUAUGCGCGAGUACUUUGCCAACGAGCGCGGCAUCCGCGUCCGUGAAAACGAGUUUGCGGCCAUCGAGAACGCGUAUCUGCGCGAGUACAUGCACAUGCUCAACCUCGUCGACAAGACCAACGUGCUCAAAGUCGGCUUUAUCUACGCCAACUACAAGCCGCGCUUUUGGUGGUUUGACGUGCUCGACCUCGUUCGGAAGCUCCUCUUGAACGGCGUCGUCAUGUUUCUCAAAAACAAACCCGUCGUCAAGUCCAUCUUCAGCAUGUCGAUCAGCGUCGUUCUCAUGGCCGGCCUCCUCUACUACCGCCCGUACAACGAGUGGACCGACAACAUUGUCAACAGCAUGACGCAGUUCCAGAUCAUUUUGACGCUCUGGGUCGGCAUUGUGCUGCUCUUGGUGGCCGAGACAGGCCUCGACCUCAUCAACGAAGACGUCGUCAUCAACGUCAUGCUCGCUGUCAACCUCUGCGGCGUUCUCUUCACGGGCUACAUCAUGUGCCAGCAAGCGAUGACGCGCUCGCGUCAGGAACUUGCGGUCGCCCGCGCCGAGCGCCAACGAAAAAUCUCGCAUGUGGUCAAAGACCUCUGGCGCAAGGCCUUCAACUUCGCCGUGUACGAAGCGCAGCAAGCGAGGAGCUACCGCGCGACGCUCUCGGUGGCCGCGAUGCUCGAGGCCGUGCGCCGCGCCAUUGCCACCGCCAAGCACGACGCGGAUGACGUGAUAGUGCACAACAUCAUCGAUGCGCCGCGACCGUAGCUAUACCUUGACGAAAUUGCAUAUCCAUUCUUUAUGUCGG